GCCAGAUGGGUCUUCCAUAAGUAAGCACACAAAUUAUCGAUAUCGGUAUUGCACCCUGAUUCGUCCUGUCCUAGCCUCUGUCAGAGAUUUGCCGUUACAAUCUUUUGGAAAUCAAUUAUUUAUGUCCGCAGCGCGGGUAAUGAUAUAAAUAUGAAGCCGGGGCGGAGUGAAAAGUGGUGUAUUAGUUACAACAACAAGAAAUCGGAGUGAUGGAAGAUUCAAAAUCGAACUCGGUUCGCAGCGAGCAGGUCGGAUCCGAGAGUGCGCAACAUCAAAGACCACUGGCAUUCCAAUUCAUCCAAGAGCAUGGUUCACGUGCUCGAUCAAGGUCUACGGUGCGUUCUCAGGCAAGGAAGUAUGCGGCUAUUGAACGUAGACGUCGAGAAAAUCCAUCCCCGGGACCUGGCAAAGAUCGCCAGCGAAGGAUUCAAAUGGCACCCGACCCAGCCUUCAAACUCCUGGUAACUAGAGUAGAUCCGGAAUCUAAUUCACUCGACGCUGCAGAUUCGCCAAGUCACUUUGCUGACACACAACACCUGCACCAAAAUACCACUCUAAAUUUGAGUAAAUGCCAGAUAGAUGUCCAAUACGAGCAAGCCGAUAACACAUUUUCAGUGUGUUUGCCUCUAACGCGGGUCGAUAAAUACUAUGAACCUCUAUAUCAGCUACAAAUUUCAUCACAGACAAUAAUUGGAGCUGGAAGAGUUGACCCAUUUCAACGAUAUCCUGUCGAAGCACAACCUUACAUGGAACGCCUUAUAUACUACUAUUGCACAGUUUGCAAAAAAAGCUCGGAAGCCUGGCAGAUUGAGAACGGAUCAUCGGUCACGGGGUUUAAUCGCAUUGCCACGGAAUUUAUGCCUUUUUGCCUCACAGAUGUAAUGGCUUUCCAAAGUAUCCUCUUUACUGCGGAGACUGGCCUCAGAAAUGAAUUGGGAGAAAAUCCAUGGUCUUUACGUGCCCACAAACUGUCGUUGGAAUGCCUGGAGUUACUGAGAGCAAAAAUGGCGGGACCUAACCUGGUGGUUAGUGAUGCAAUGAUAGCAACGGUAGUUAACCUGGCGGUCUCAGAGUUAUUGUAUAUCAGAAAUCCAAUGAACUUUGAAAAUCAUAUGACAGGCCUUAGGCAAAUGGUCAAAUUACGUGGCGGGUUAAAUAAGUUCGAUGGCAUUUUGAAAGAAGUACUUAAUUGGCUCGUUAAGUUAUACAGCGAAUUAUCGCAAAGAGCACGACAUACCCACGAGGAAGACGAAUCGUUCACUAUUCAGAAGCAACGCAGAUUUCCUACCUCAACCUCGCUCGAUGACUGGUCCUCGCUGUCCUAUGAGACAAUAACUGGCUUAAGCGUCAAGCGACCUAGAUCAUUUUUUGUUUAAUAUGCUCAAUUAGCGGCAAGAGUGCUAUUAAAUUGACGCUGGCGGCAAUGAAAGUAAUCGGAAGGGUUUGUAGUCAGAGACAGGCCAUUCAGACCCCAUUUUCGGUCACAAAAGCUCAGGUUCACGGCGUAGGUCGAUGGGAUUGCGUUACUGCAGAUUCUGGCAGCAUU